AUCCGGUUGGACGGAGAAUCGUAACAAGUCGUUGCAGUGUCGGUAAUUAAAAUUAGAACGGGUAUGUUAUAUUGAUACCGAUAGGUUAUCAGCGGUGAUCGAUGCCUGAUUCGGAGUAAGGGUAGCUGCGUCUUUGUUGUCCAUUUGAUUGCUGGUGACAGCGGGUGCUGGUGGAGAUGGUGCGUACCAAUUCACACGGCAGCCGUCACUUCGAUUUAUAUCUGUUCUGGUGUUGAUCCUAGUUGGAUAACCAGGAGCAACUUUUUGCUGGUUCGCAUGUUUCCGAGUUUGAAACUCGCGCAGUCUGUCGGUCCCGUUAGCUGGCUGCGCGCUGCAGCCGUGCCCAUUGCGGUGGACGGCGGCUGCUUGUAUGGUUGUGGUGCGGACUACCGAGCUCCGGUUCAGAAAGAACUCGACGUCACUGCCACAGAACUAGCCAACAGACAAGAUGAGAGCGACACUUCGCGAAAACGUCUGGUCGACCUAAGCCGCGACUUCAAGAGGAACACGCCAGAGGAUGUUAGAAAAAUUGUCGCGCCGAUACUCAAAAAUUUCCAAGCUGAAGUAGACAACUUAUCGAAACGAAGCAAAGCAGCAGAAGCAGCCUUCCUUGCUGUGUACAAGAAACUCAUUGAAGUGCCAGACCCCGUGCCCAGUUUGGAGCACUGUCUUUCCAUCCAGCAGCGAGCUAUGCGAACUCAAGACUUAGAGAUAGAGAACCGACAACUGCGAGAAACAUUAAAAGAUUACAAUCAAGAAUUUAAGGAGGUCAAAAAUCAAGAGGUGACAAUCAAACAGCUAAAAGAACAACUGAAGCAACAUGAAGACAAGUUAGAGAACACGUUACAGGUGCGGGCGAAAGAGAAGGAGAAGGAACUACAGAGACUGCUGAGCGAGCGUGAAAGACAACUGAACGAGAACCAAUCUAUUCUAUCUCAGAAAGUGAAAGAAGCCGAGAAGAAAAUCACCGAGCUCCAAAGUGCCUUGGAACGUAGUCAAUCCGAACUGUUCGAUUUGAAAUCGAAAUACGAAGAAGAUUCACAUGCCAAGUCAGAUGAGAUGGAAAUCAUCAUAAACGAUCUCGAAAGGGCCAACCAGAGAGCAGCUUUAGCAGGUAAGGAAGCUUCCCAGUUGAAAGAACAACUAGCAGCUGCAAAACAUUCUCUUCAACUUGCUGACCAAAUCCAAAAGGCACCAGACAUGGAACAAGCUGUAGACAUUGUAACGAGGUCUUCCUUAGAAGUUGAAUUAGCAGCUAAAGAUAAAGAAAUAUCUCAAUUAGUUGAUGAUAUUCAAAGGCUACAAUCUUCAUUAAACAAUUUAAAGGAAACUACUACUACUAAAAUUGCUCAUUUAGAAGAAAUGGUUACAGAAAAAGACAAAAUUAUUGAAGAAAUGGAAAGCAAAUUAUUACGUCAGAAUGAUUAUGAUGAAAUAAAAAGGGAACUCAGCAUACUCAAAUCAAUGGAGUUUGGAACAUCACAGACUUGGGGUAACUCUUCACCAGAUGAUCAGGGUGGAAAUAAUUUAUCUGGAGAAACAAAAUCUACUAAACCAUUAGAAGUUUUACUUUUAGAAAAAACAAAAUCACUUCAAUCAGAGAAUACUGCUUUAAAAAUUAACAAUGCAGAUUCAGCAGGAACACCUCUUUCUGUGGGGAAUGCUUUUCCUCCUCCACUUCAAAACGUCGAGGCAUUCAGCUCAUUAUUAGGUGAGGAGAUCGUGUCCAGGUAUGCGAAAACAGUGGCAAAAGAGGAAUGUAAUAGUUGCCCUGCUACCCCCAAAUCUUGUGAGGACACCAGGUCCUCUGGAACGGAACUAUCUACCACUAGCAUCAAACCUCCAGUGGAGUCAUCACCAAGUGCUAAAGACUCCCCAAAUGAGGUUACAUCACUAGAAAAGCUCCAAGAGUGCCUCAAACAAAAUAUAGACAAAUAUGCAAAUGAAACUUUAAAUACUUUGAGUAUUUCCCGGUGUGUGCGAGAACUGCUAAGUGUUCAUAACAUUGGACAACGUUUAUUUGCCAAGUUUAUUCUUGGUUUAUCCCAGGGAACUGUUAGUGAAUUACUUUCAAAACCAAAACCAUGGGAUAAGUUGACAGAAAAAGGUCGAGACUCUUAUAGAAAAAUGCAUGCAUGGGCUUCAGAUGAAACUUGUAUAUAUAUGCUGAAGACUUUAAUACCACGAAAAGAUGUCUCCAAAGUGAAGAGAAAUGGAUCUGUUGAACUGAGGAAUAUUUUCAAAAUUUUUUGCAAGCAACAUUCUGAUGAAAUUCCAUCCUUAAAAGACAUUCCAAUCUGGAAAGGCAAAGAAUCAGGAGUUUCUUCUUAUAAACAAGAAGAUGCUGCUGCAGAAGAAAGGAUAGCACAAAUAUUAAAUGAAGCUCAAAUGGCAAUGAAUAACAAAUCUAGUAAAAGCCCAUUGCACAAUGGUAUAGUCAGUUGCAAUGUAGAUAUAAAACCUGGAUCUGAAAAAAAUGGGGAUGACUGUAGAGGGGAAGGUGGGGGUUCAGGGACAGAAGGGGGAGGAGGGAGAAGGACUCCUUAUAACAAUCAUAAUUAUAUACAUAACAAUCACAAUUUUAAAGACUGUUCAUCUAGACGCUCGAGGAAAUAUGAAAAUGAUGAUAUUCCACAAGAAAUGGUUGCAAGAAUAUAUCAAGAAGAACUGGCGAAAUUGAUGGGUCAACGGGUAGAAGAAGGUUUUCGUCAGUCACGGGAUCAGUAUGAAAGAACUCAGGACGAAAUUAGACAAGCACUCAGUAUUUAUCAUCAAGAAUUAUCUAGACUUACUCAAUUAGGAUCUGUCACAUCAGCUAAUUCCUAUAGUAGGUACAAUAAUAUAACUGCUGGUGGAUUAGUGAAUGGUUCUACUUGCACUUUUCCAGGCUUAUCAAUUCGUGUUCCAUCAGGUUCAACGAGAGAAGAUGGUCCAAUCGAUGCAACUGUACAAUCAAGAAAUCGUCAGGAGCAGAAAAAUGCCGGAAGUGUAGAUUCGGACAACUUAAGACAUCACGGAAGUGCCUUCUCUUUAGUGCGGCCAAAAGCAGAGCCAAGCACGGGCAGUGUCAAAUCAUUUGUACGCAAUUCAACACCAUCUCCCACACCACCUCUCCUGCCACUUUCAGAAUCGCCUGCUGGAGGUGAGGACUUGACUUCUUCAGCAUCACCACUUCAGCGUAUGCAGUCUAUCACUAACUCCCUAUUGUCACAAUCUUCAGUGCCCAAUCUUCCAACACCACCUCAACGACCAGCCAAAGCAGUAUUGCCACCUAUCACUCAACAACAAUUUGACCAAUAUAAUAAUCUGAAUACUGAAGAUAUUGUAAAAAAGGUAAAAGAACAACUUAGUCAAUAUUCCAUUAGUCAGCGGUUAUUUGGGGAGAAUGUCCUAGGUUUAUCACAGGGAUCUGUCUCAGAUCUCUUGGCCCGUCCAAAACCUUGGCAUAUGCUGACACAAAAAGGACGUGAGCCUUUCAUUCGUAUGAAAAUAUUCUUAGAAGAUGACAAUGCUGUACAUAAACUUGUUGCCUCCCAGUACAAAAUCGCUCCAGAAAAAUUAAUGAGGACUGGAGGAUAUGGAGGAACUACUACUUCACCAGAAUCUGCCCUAUCUUCCAUAUCAGAUGUACCAGCCCUUCCAUUAAUAACAAACAAUAAUUCAUCUAAUAAUGCAUCUACAUCAUCUAAUGGGAAUAAUGCAAGGAGAGGACAUAGUCCACGAAAUUCAUCAUAUGUUCAGCCAUCUGUCUAUGAAAUGGCAGCACUUACAACUGAUCUUGAUACUCAGGCAAUUACAUCUAGAAUUAAAGAAACUUUGAUGGCUCAUAACAUUGGACAAAAGAUAUUUGGUGAGGCAGUACUUGGACUUUCGCAAGGCUCAGUAAGUGAAUUAUUAUCAAAGCCAAAACCAUGGCAUAUGUUAAGCAUCAAAGGAAGAGAACCUUUCAUCAGAAUGCAAUUGUGGUUGAGUGAUGCACAUAACGUUGAAAAAUUGCAAGCAAUUAAAAAUGAGCGACGAGAAGCUAAUAAACGUCGAAGGAACAAUGAUUCUCAAGAUAGUCCUCAACUCCAGCAUGAAAAACAUGUUUUUAAUUUUAGUUUUGCACCACCUUCUCCCUAUCCUCCAGUAAAAAAACCAAGAGUAUUAUUUUCAGAAGAACAGAAGGAAGCUCUGCGUCUCGCCUUCUCAUUGGAUUCAUAUCCUAGCACAUCUACUAUUGAAUUUCUUGGAAGUGAAUUAAAUCUUUCCGUUCGCACAAUUACAAACUGGUUUCACAAUCAUCGGAUGAGAAUUAAACAGUACAACUCUAAUUCAGAUGAUUCAAAAUCGGGUGAAACAGGAAAUAAUUCAUCAUUAUCAGGUGUUAGAGAAAGUGCAAGUUUUGAUCCAGUGCAGUUUCGUAUUUUAUUGAACCAAAGAUUGGCAGAUUUAUCUAGGGAAAGAGGAGAACACUAUAAUCCUACUAUAAGUGGGAUGUCACUUGUGUAUACCUCACAUAGAAAUGGUUCUCCUUUAUCAUUGCAUGGAGAUGAUGGGGGAACUUUGGAUUUGAGUAUGUCUAGUCAGCAUCAUUCAAACAGUAGUACUACGGUAUUCCAUGUGAAAACUGAACCAAAUAGCAGUACUGAUGAACGCUCCAAUAGUGAAAUGAAUGAUGAUUCUAAUUUGUCACAAGAUCAAACAAUUACUGAAGGAAGUGAUCAUGAAUCAUUAGAUGAACAGAGUAGAACUCAAUCACCUCAUCUUCCUGUUUCAACUCGAUUGACAGUGUCAGGUAACAGUAGUAAUAGAAGAAAACCAGCUAUGCCCCAGUGGGUGGAUCCAGGAUUAGAGCUUUCACCAAACAGUGAUGUGCGUAGUGACGAUGAAGAUGGACCAUUAGAACAAGAUAAAAUAAUAAAUGGUGUCUGUGUGCGGCAAACUGUUGGUUUUGAUCUUCCAAUACCACAAGAAGAAACAGUUCAUAUUGAACCUACUCCAGCACCAGAUGACAAUAUGAAUAAUAAAAUAUUAGAUAAUUCAAGUAAAGACUUAAAUGGAAACAGUUUAUCUAGAGACAGAAGCAUAGAUGAUUUAGAUAAAGAAGAAAGUAGGAAAGGAAAUGAUGAAGAACGUCAGAAUAAUAUUAAAAGAAUGGAGAGGUCACUGAGUGAACAAGAUGAAAGUUGGGAUAUGGUUGAAACUGACGAUGAAAGGCAAACAAACAUUGAUAAAUUACAGCAAAGAAUCGAACAGACAGAAGAAGAUGAUGACUGGGAGUUUUAAUAGUUUUUCUUAAAAGAUAAUAGUGUGCUGAAAUUUAAAAAUUUGGGAAGAUAUGAUUGCUAGUAAUUAGCAACAAUUUGGUGUGUGAGUGUGGCCUUAAGUAGCGUUCACAUUAGAUAGGAGGACAAAGUCGAGAUGUGAUAUUCUCAUAUAUGGCCUUUGAAAUCCAGCCAUAGGCUUCGGAUAUUCUCAGUCUCUGGAACAAAACAAACAAAAAAAAUGAGCUUACAUCUUCAAGGUGAAAUUGUUGAUGUAGGAUGGACAUAGCACAAAUACUGUGUUCAAUGUUGACAUAGUACCCACCUUUGUAAAUUUUGUUAAUGUCUUUGUGUGAGAUUUUCUCACACUUAGUCCUAUUUCAUUGGGACAUAUUUAUUGUAAAUACAUGUAAUUGGUGCACUGCUCCCUGUUGCUCAUAGUAUAGGAUAAUAAAGAUCAAAAGCCAUUGUUUCAUAUUCCCCCCUUUAUGUUUUCAUUUGUUUGUUUGUUUGUUUUAUCUGAGUUAUCUUCAGAUUGUCAAGUGUAUAAUUGUAGGUCUUGCAUGUUUCUUUAGACAAUGUUGUCUGUUUUUGAUCUAUUUAAGGGGUUUUAAUAACCUCUCGUUAUUUAUCCAAUUUUGGGAAUUUACAAUCUCCAGACACAUUAUAGUGUGAUGCCUUCCUCAGCCUCCCACUUGUCUUUCAACCAGGCGGUGCUGGAGUAACUUUUAUACCCUAAAUACCAGUGGACAGUAGGCUGUGUUGUGUCAGUAUUUACCCUUAAAUUUGUGGGGUUUUAAUAGGCACUCUAGUCCAUUGAUCUUCUUUCAUUUUAAUGCUUUCCACUAAUUUCUAGUCUUUUAAAUAAUCAAUCUAUUUCUGCAUUUCUCUUCCAUCUUAAAUUUGUAUCUUCCAUGGGAUGUGCAAAAAAUUUUAAAUCUAUUAUAUACAAAAGCAUUAUGAAUGAGUGAUGUAUAUAAGUAUUGGUUAUACAUAUUGUGAAUGUGUUCCGUAACACAAAUUUGUUAUUCUUCAAAUAGCACAAAAAUUGUUUAAAUCUCUUAUAUGUUGGAAAAAAUAUAAAACAAGAUAUUUAUGAGAGAAUGAUAGUCUACUGUAACUGUAAAACAGUCUGCCAAUAGAUUAUAUUUUAAAUGUUUUUACUAUAAAUUUUGUAGGUCUCUUUUAUGUUAAAUGUUCAUAAUUGUGUGAAUUAUAAAUUGUUUAUUUUGGAAUUAAAAUGAUUUAUAGUUUUUGCUAUAAAAUUUAUUCAUACUAUUUUGUAACUGCAGACAUUAGUUUGUUCCCAGAAAUGUCUUAUUUUUACAUGUGACGGGUUGAUUUAUUAUUAAGAUCUGUUUUAAGAGUAAAAGAAAAUGAAAUGCUUUAUCUUUAAUAACAUUUUUAAAAUAUGAAAGUAGUUAUUAAAAUGUUAUCCUUUAAUAUCAAUUAGUCACAAAUUCUUACUGUUAUUAUAAACUGUAUUAUUCUGCAUGUAAUGCUAUAAAUGAAUUUGAAACCAUUGUUUUCUUUUGUCACAUCCUUGAUAAAAAUAUUUUCUAAAAAUAAAUGCAGUGUAAUUAUAACAGAAAUAAUAUAUACAGCAUAUAUUGAAAUGCAAUGCAGCAUUAACAAUGCAAAUUGCUGAUCUACUGUGCUUUUUAUUGUAUUCAAUAAUUGAAAUUAUAAUGUACAACAUGAUUUCUAAUGGGAGAACUAUUUGGAAUACAAGUUACUGUGGUUUAAUUGCUGGUGCCAUGAUCACAAAGUUCGGUUGGAUAAGGGAAGUGGCAUUGAUCUGAAAUGGUCAGAGAAAAGAAAUGCUUUGUGAUUGCAUCAGUAAUACAGUAUUAGUGUUGUCAUGCAUUUAAUGCAUUUAUUUGUUAUCAUUAUUAAUAUCCAUACUAUGUGGCAUAAACCAUAAACAGCCACAAUGUUUGCUGCCAUUUGUUAGUGUGUUAAAUCAAUAAGGUGACGAGUGGAACUCCUGUCUGAAGUGGCUGGUAGAUGUAUGUAUGUGUUCAGUAUCGUGUAGUGUUUGUUAAAAUUUGGUCAGUACGUGUGACUUCCAAGAAGGACCUCCAUUUCAUGUUGGCACAUUUGAAUGUUUCAUAAUUUUGUACAUCAUGCCCAUUACAUGAUAUGUUGCAUCACUAAUAAUCAUUAUGAUUGAAAAUAUCCAGCCAUAUCAGGCAGAAUAACUUCACUCCUCUUACAGGGAUUAAAAAUCCAAAGGUGCUUAACUCUUUGUGAUUGCUUUAUAAUUUUUCAUUCCCCUUUGGCUCCUAUGUCUACGGCAAUUUUUUUUAUGGACUAGAUGUCUUAAACCCUCCAUCCGGUGGCCAGUGUUUAAAAUAUUGUGUAUUAUUAAGUGUGUAUCUUGUGAAGUUCCCACAAUAGUCAACAAAGAAAAAAAACCUAUAUUGAUCAUUAAAAUUGGGAACUAAAUGGAGGGGCUUUUGAAUUGUAUUUAAGCAGUAUUAUUAGCAGUGUAGUGUCAUCAUUUGCUCUUCAUUUACUUUAUUUUAACUUGUCAAUUCUAUACCUAAUUACGCUACUAAUUCUAGAAAAAAAAAAACAAAAACCUAUUCCUAGGAAGAAUUUAAUAUUGUAGAUAAAUCCCUCUCUGUUGAGAGAUUUUCUGUGACUCAAAUUACAUUUCUCUAAUAGCUAAGUUUUUGCUCUUAACUGCUCUUAACUUUUUCGGGAGAAGUGGCUCCUGUGCAUACUGUCUGAUUUCAUUGUAUCUGCUGAUAACAACAUGCCAGUGCUUACAAUGCUACUAUUUGCCUUUUCCAAGCUGUUCUGUCUGAGAAACAAAGUUUUUCAUCUGCAAAUCUUGUGGAAUUUUCUGCUGUGGAGUGUUUCUCUGCAGUCACUAGUUAUAGAUAGUGCAAUGUAUUUAUGAAAAACUUUGCCUUGUAUGCAGGCUAUUUUUAUCAAGGCCUUUUUCCUCCAUUUUAUGUCCUCUAAGCUUGCUCUGGAAAUGAAUGCCUGUAUGUUUGAUAUUCAGAUUGAUAUUACUAUUUUUAUUCUACUUUCAAAUGAUAAUAAAGUUGGACCUUCUCAGUCUUGAACUGGACAUUUAUUUGUGUGUGUGGUCAAAUAAUUCUACUUGCCUAUUAAAAUAUAUAUAAAAAUUACACCAACACUUAAACUUUACACUUCAAGCACAAACAUUAGUUUGAUAAGCUAAAAUAUCUGUUCAAUAAUUGAUAUUAGAAAAGGAAGCCCUUAUAUAUUGGCAACUAAAAAAUGAACGCAUUAGAAAUGUAAUUAUUAUUAUUAUAAUUUAUUUAUAAUAAAAAUUUAGACUUUUUAAAACAAGAAAACCCAAUAGAAUUUUUAACCUAUGAGUAGUUUAAUUCAAAAUUAAUAUUUUUGAUAGUUUACGUUAUAUUUAUCUAUUCAAACCAACUUUAGAAUUUUAAAA